GUGACGCAGUUUCCGGUUCCGGUUGCCCACGGAAGUUGUCUCCAGUUUGCUGUGUAAUUGUUGCUGGGUCUUUUUUCUGUCCGUGCCGCUGUGGUAGUUGUCCUGUCACAAUGCCGGACUACUUGGGAGCUGACCAACGCAAGACAAAGGAGGAGGAGAAAGAGGAUAAACCUAUACGAGCUCUGGAUGAAGGGGAUAUUGCUCUGCUGAAGACCUAUGGGCAAAGCACAUAUUCCCGGCAAAUUAAACAAGUGGAAGAUGACAUACAGCAACUUCUUAAGAAAAUAAAUGAGCUCACAGGUAUUAAGGAGUCUGACACAGGGCUUGCUCCUCCUGCUCUGUGGGAUUUGGCUGCAGAUAAACAGACCCUUCAGAGUGAGCAACCUCUUCAGGUGGCCAGAUGUACAAAGAUAAUAAAUGCUGAUUCAGAGGACCCGAAAUAUAUAAUUAAUGUGAAACAGUUUGCAAAGUUUGUGGUAGACCUCAGUGACCAGGUUGCUCCUACAGACAUAGAGGAAGGCAUGAGAGUUGGUGUGGACAGAAACAAGUACCAGAUCCAUAUCCCAUUGCCUCCAAAAAUAGAUCCCACUGUGACCAUGAUGCAGGUGGAAGAGAAACCAGAUGUUACAUAUAGUGAUGUUGGAGGUUGCAAAGAACAGAUAGAAAAAUUACGAGAAGUUGUUGAAACUCCAUUGCUUCAUCCAGAACGAUUUGUUAAUCUUGGGAUUGAGCCCCCGAAAGGGGUGCUGCUGUUUGGUCCUCCUGGAACAGGAAAGACUCUUUGUGCUCGUGCCGUUGCUAACAGAACUGAUGCCUGCUUCAUCAGAGUGAUUGGCUCAGAACUGGUCCAGAAAUACGUUGGAGAAGGUGCACGAAUGGUUCGUGAAUUGUUUGAGAUGGCCAGGACAAAGAAAGCCUGCCUUAUUUUCUUUGAUGAAAUUGAUGCAAUUGGUGGGGCUCGCUUUGAUGAUGGAGCUGGAGGUGAUAAUGAAGUCCAGAGAACUAUGCUGGAACUCAUCAAUCAGUUGGAUGGAUUUGAUCCAAGAGGAAAUAUUAAAGUAUUAAUGGCCACAAACAGACCAGAUACUUUGGACCCUGCCCUCAUGAGGCCUGGAAGGCUGGACAGAAAGAUUGAAUUCAGUUUACCUGAUCUUGAGGGACGGACACAUAUAUUUAAAAUUCAUGCCCGGUCAAUGAGUGUAGAACGAGAUAUCAGAUUUGAGCUGCUGGCCCGUCUGUGUCCAAACAGCACAGGUGCUGAAAUCCGCAGUGUGUGCACUGAGGCAGGAAUGUUUGCAAUCAGAGCACGUCGCAAAGUGGCAACGGAGAAGGACUUCUUGGAAGCUGUAAACAAGGUUAUCAAAUCAUACGCAAAAUUCAGUGCUACACCCAGAUACAUGACUUAUAAUUAAACUUUAUGUGACAACUUAUUGACAGACCACAAUUUCUGUCCUAGUGGCUACGGCCUAAUGUAGCGUACAACAUAUUUCCUUUACCUAUGUUAUGUGAUUGGGGUAUUGUGUAUUUGAAAUAAUAAAACAUCUGAAAUUUUUUCUGUUGUCAACCGAUUAAAAAAAUAAGACAUCUUA